AUGUCCUCACAAGCAACGCCGAAGUGGGAUCUCUUCCCCGAAUCACGGAAACCAUUUAGCUCGUCGCUUUUCAAGAAUCCAGGUUCGGAAUACCGAGCGACACCGUUAUGGAGCUGGAAUAAUAAGCUAGAUCGCGAAUCGUUGUUGGAACAAAUCGAUCAGUUUGAGUCUAUGGGAUUCGGCGGCUUUCAUAUGCAUACAAGGGUUGGUCUUGAUACUGAGUAUCUGGGACAAGAGUUCAUGGACAUGGUUCAGGCAUGUGUUGCUUACGCAAAAGAAAAAGGCAUGAAAGCGUGGCUGUACGACGAAGAUAGAUGGCCAUCUGGAUUUGCUGGUGGGAAUAUCACGGCCAAUAAUGAAAGCUUUAGGAGCAGACAUUUGCUAAUUACCCCGUGGGCAUAUGGUGAUCCUGCGCAUCCCGGGUUUCAUGGACAAGCACGUUCCAACUCGGCAGAGGCAAGGCGCAGCGAACUAGGAACUCUGGUUGCCAGAUACAGCAUCAAGCUUGAUGACGAUGGAUAUCUACUGGAGAGCCGUAAGCUCAAAGAUGGGGAGAAUGCCACCAAUGCUUGGUACGUUUACGAAGAGACGAACGAACCUUCAGAGUGGUUCAACGGAGGAUACUAUGUGGACACGCUGAACAAAAAGGCAAUGCAAGCCUUUAUUGAAAACACUCACGAGGCGUAUAAGAAUGCUGUGGGUGAUGAAUUUGGCGGUACAAUUCCGGCCAUAUUCACAGAUGAGCCUCAAUUUGCCAUGAAAAAGAGACUGGCCGUUGCAUCUAGAAAGGAGGACAUCUUUCUGCCCUGGACGCAGGAUCUGCGUCAGUCUUACGCUGAAACCUACGGCACCGAUCUCCUUGAAACCCUUCCCGAGAUUAUUUGGGAUACCAGAAAGACUUCUCGUACACGAUACAACUUUCAUGAUCACGUGUGCAAUCGAUUCGUGGAAUCCUUCACAGAUCUUCUCGCAAGCUGGUGUUCGAAGAAUAGCAUUGCGUUAACCGGACACAUGAUGUACGAAGAAAAGCUAUCAACUCAGACAGGCUCAUUGGGCGAGGCGAUGCGUUGCUACAGACGCAUGCAGUUGCCAGGCAUUGACAUGCUUUGUGACGCACGAGAAUACACCACCGCAAAACAAGCCCAGUCCGUAUCUCGCCAAUAUGGCCGCUGUGGAGUGAUAUCUGAGAUAUACGGAGUCACAAAUUGGACAUUUACCUUUGCUGGUCAUAAAGGUUCUGGCGACUGGCAAGCAGCACUUGGAGUGAACGUUCGCAGCCCACACCUUGCUUGGUACUCCAUGGCAGGGGAGGCGAAGAGAGACUAUCCAGCUGCUAUAAGUUAUCAAAGUCCCUGGUAUAAAGACUACCGACUCAUCGAAGACCACUUUGCCAGGGUCAACUACGCCAUGUCCCGGGGAUCAGCUGUUGUUCGUGUCGCGGUGAUUCACCCAAUAGAGAGUUUUUGGAUCAUGUACGGUCCUCAUGAUACGUCUGCAAAGUCAGCAGAGUUGGAGGAGCAAUUUGAAAAUCUUACAAGUUGGCUUUGUCAUGGGCUGGUUGACUUUGACUUCAUCUCGGAAUCUCUCCUGCUGGAUAUGCAACCAACAUCUGAGAAUGGAUUAUUUUGCUUUGGUAAAGGUCGAUAUAACGUUGUGAUCUUGCCUUCACUGGCGACGGUCCGUGGAACAACUCUAGACGCACUCGACAGCUUCAUUGAAUCCGGUGGCACUGUAGUAAUUGCUGGACCAGCGCCUGACCUGGUUGACUGCCAGCCGUCUACCCGAUUAGACUCAAUGCGUACCAUUCGGGUUCCUUUCAACAAGACGUCUAUUUUGGAGCAGCUUGAAAUUGUUAGAGACGUGAAAGUCACACUGACCAGCGGAACGACUGCCGACUCACUUCUGUAUCAGAUGCGAAUCGACAACAAAGAGCGAUAUCUGUUUUUCUGUAACACAGAUCGCAAAUUCCCUCGUGAUACGGAGAUUAGUAUCCGUGGUCAAUGGACCGUCACAGUCCUUGACACACUCACGGGAGAUGAGACUAAGCUCACUUCGCGGAUACAACGAAAGUGCGGCGGAGACUCCUGGACAAAGUUGUCAUACCGGUUUGAAGGCUGUGCCAGUCUUCUGUUGCGUCUGCAACCUCCUGAAUCCUGUCCCGACGAGGCUCCAACUGUCCCAGAGCUCAAGUGGAAUGUGGCCGGAGAGCUUGAACUGGAGUCGGUCUCAUUAUCGGAACCCAACGUUCUUCUGAUAGAUAUGGUCAGGUACCGUAUCGACGAUGAGAUAGAGUGGUCUGGUCUUGAAGAGAUUCUGCGCACAGAUAAUAUUGCCCGUGGGCGACUUGGUUUGCCCCUUCGACAGGACAAUCUCGCGCAGCCUUACAGAAUGCCAAAAGAACGCCCAAAGCAUAUGCUGCAUUUGAAGGUUGAUUUCAAAGUUCGCGUUACAUCCGCAAUCACGGAUGCCAAAUUGGCUUUGGAGGGGCUUCCAGACUGCACUGUGGUAUUGAAUCGCAGACAGAUCACCACGGUGCCUGAUGGCUGGUGGGUUGACGAAUCCAUCCUGACCACGAAAUUGCCUACCUUGGAGACAGGGGACCAUUACAUGGAAAUUUCCAUGCCAUUUGGACCACGGACCAAUGUUGAACGCAUCUAUAUCCUCGGUACAUUUGGGGUUGAUCUGCGAGGUCGAGACGCGACAAUUGUUGAUUUAGCCCUUGACAGGCUGCAAAUUGGGGACUACACAAGGCAAGGUUUUCCCUUCUAUGCAGGCGAUGUGCGUUACGAGUUUGCUGUAGCGGCUGCAAAAGGUCAUUCUGCAAUACAUGUCCCAAGGUUCGCCGCUCCAGUAUUGCGUGUCGAGGUGGAUGGCAGGCCAGCUGGAAAGUUGGGCAAGAUUGCUCUCCCGCCAUAUAUACUUGAUCUUGGUGAUGUUGUUCAACGUGGAUCGAGCCCUUUAAGAGUGUCGAUCACAGCCGUUGGGAAUAGGAAUAACGCCUUUGGUGCCGUACAUCUCCCCGACGGACUUACACAGUGGUACGGCCCAGAUUCAUUCCGUACAAACGGAGAGAAAUGGAGCUAUGAGUACGUGAUCUCGGAGAUGGGCUUACUGACAGCGCCAAGACUUCUUACAAGAGAUCCAUCGCUAGCGUCGAAGACAUGGGAUGCUGGGAGUGUUGAUCAGGAUCUGUGGUUCCACUGA